CAAACUCAAGAGCAUAAACAGUAACACAGGAUAUUUUGAUGUCACUAUGGUUACGAAAGCCAGCCCGCCACUCAAUCUUAGUUCUCUAUUUGUCACUAUGUGUCACUCUGCUCUAAAAGCCUGGGGCAACGUGGUCUUUGCUGAACUCUGAGAGAACAAUUAUAGUCUCAUGCCAAGGAGGAACUAUCCUGCUUAACUCUCAUACUUUGGGAGAAUACAGAAAUACAGUUGAUUUUGCUAGCUUCACAAUAGCCACUAGCCCAAUGAUGGAGGUGAUGAGGACCUCCAGCCAUGCAAACCCAACCCCUACCCCCACCCUCAAUGACUCAAACACCUGCACGACACUGUAUGACCACCUGGAGUACGCCCGAGUCCUCAUGCCCCUCUUCUACAGCAUCGUCUUCUCCGUGGGGUUGCUGGGCAACGCCCUGGCGCUGCAUGUCAUCCGGCCCAACCUAAAGAAGAUGAACUCCACCACGCUCUACUCCGCCAACCUGGUCAUCUCUGACAUCCUGUUCACACUGUCACUACCAUUACGGAUAAUCUACUACGCCCUGGGCUUCCACUGGCCUCUGGGGGAGUCCCUGUGUAAGAUCACAGGGCUGAUCUUCUACAUCAACACGUAUGCCGGGGUCAACUUUAUGACCUGCCUCAGUGUGGACCGAUUCAUUGCUGUGGUCUUGCCGCUCCGGUUCGCACGCUUCCGGAAGGUCUCCAAUGUCCGGUUCAUCUGCGUUGGGGUGUGGUUGCUGGUCUUAAUGCAAACUUUGCCCCUCCUCUCCAUGCCCAUGACUAAUGUGGAGUCUGAUGGCUUCAUCACUUGUAUGGAGUAUCCUAACUUUGAACAGGUGCCCAACAUCGCCUACAUGCUGAUCGGCGCCGUGUUCCUAGGCUAUGGAGUCCCCGUGGUGACUAUCUUAUUGUGCUACUCCAUACUGUGCUGUAAACUCCGCCUCUCUGCAAAGACCAAUCACUUAACAGACAAGUCGGGGCGCAGCCGCAAAGCCGUUGGGGUGAUCUGCUGCGUCUCCCUGGUGUUUGUGGUGUGUUUCAGCCCCUACCACAUCAACCUCCUCCAAUACAUGAUCCGAAAGCUGAUCUAUGAAACAGACUGUGCUGAACUCACUGCCUUCCAGAUCUCCUUACACUUCACUGUUUGUCUGAUGAACCUUAACUCCUGCCUGGAUCCAUUUAUCUACUUCUUUGCCUGUAAGGGUUACAAGAGGAAGGUGCUGAAGAUCCUGAAGAGGCAGGUGAGCGUGUCCUUCUCCAGCGCAGUACGGACAUCGCCCGAGGGUUCAUCCAGAGAUGUCGUAGAUGGUAAGAAGAUCCACCUCAACAGCACUAGAUACGAACAGUGUGUCCAACAGAAUGGCCAAAGGUGAGUGACAACCAAUCAACAGACCGGUGAGUCAAAGACCAACCAACAGAUCGGAGAGCCAUCAACCAGAAAACAGACCAGCCAACAGACCGGUGAGCCCACGACCAGCCAACAAACCUUUGAGCCAGCGACCAGCUGACAGACUGGUUAGUCAAUGACCAGGAAACAGACUGGUAUGCAAACAACCAGCAAACUAUUUGAAUAACAUACUAUAUGUUAUUAUUUUGAAAAACACAUGAUAUGUUAUGAUUUCUAGCUAGGUGUCUAAUGUUAGCUAGGUGGCUAAUGUUAGCUACUGUAGGCUAAGGGUUAAGGUUAGGGGUUAAGGUUAGGGUUACAUUUAGGAGUUAGGUUAAAGGGUUCAGGUUAGGGGAAGGGUUAGCUACCAUGCUAAGUAGUUGCAAAGUAGCUAAAAAGUAGUAAGUAGUUGAAAGUUGCUAAUUAGCUAAAAUGCUUAUCCGUUGUCCAUGAUGAGAUUUGAACUCGCAACCUUUUGAUUGUUAGACAUUUACGUCAGUAAAUUGCAAGAGGAUGUCUGAGGAGAUAGACUGAACUAUAACUGUAUAACUGAUUAACAGUUUAAAGAGGUAUCUCACGUCCUCUGGAAAUAGAGCCACUUAGGACAGCCAAGGUAACAAACUGUUUCUGCCUCUUGCCAAUACAGUAGUGCUGAGUGAUUCACCGUAAAAAAAAAUAUCCCUUGUUUACCAACAUCCUUUCAAUUAUUUGAAUUCCAUAUAGUUCUGCUUUUUUUGUGAGCUCAACGUGCUGUUUCUCUAGAGAGAAAUUCAAUCAUUAAUGAGAGAAACGUUGUCAAUGGGCGCAUUUGAGCGGAUCACUUUUGUCAAGUCGAUGACCAUUGUUGCGCCUACGUGUCGACUGCAUAUACUUUACAAACUACCAUGACUUCAGUCUGCAGCCAUCACCUGCAUUGUGGGAGGAUCUAUUGUCAUUGACUCACACAAACGUGACCAAAGACAUGAUUGAAAUAGGAACAAAUUUUGAUACGAUUCAUGUAUACAGUUGAGUAAUUCAAAUGAAUUUGAUAUUUGAGGCUGUUUCUCACUGAUUGCAGUUUAUAAUUGUUGAAAUAAACAUGGCUCCAAUCCCCAGAACACACACUCACAAAGAAAAACUUUUAUUAACAAUGGCAGCACUGCCAUGUUGAUCUGAGCCUUGCUGUUGGAAAACCACAUUAG